GAUUACUGAUAUUUUCAUGAAAGUGGCGCCUUAGUUUUACGUCACAUGUAUCUACCGGAUCCAGAAUGGUGGCAUAGGAAGGCAGUUUCUUUGCUUUGCUGGCUGUCACGAUUCAAACGUAGAAGUAACUUACGAGUGUACAGCAAUGGCAGGACGAGUUGGAGCCUUUUUGAAGAACGCAUGGAACAAAGAGCCAGUGAUCACAGUUGCUUGUGGAAUUGGAUUGACAGCUUGCAUCUUGCCUUUUGCGAGCCCCUAUACAAAGUAUGCAGUCAAGAUGAAUGAAGCCAUGCCAUACAACUACCCAGUUCCUGUGAGAGACGAUGGCAACAUGCCUGAUGUCCCAAGCCACCCAUCAGACCCCCAGGGCAACCAACUAGAAUGGCUGAAAACCUUCUAAUGCCAGAGUCAUUCCUGUACAUAACCCACUCUAUUGCCCCUUCCUCUGAUGAACAUGCAGCUGAACAUACUUAAUAAAGAACUUUAUUUAAAUACA